AUGUCUUUCAACUUCGGUACAUCGUCGUCGACCAGUGGUGGAAGUGGCCAGUCUCUUUUCGGAACAACAAACAAGCCUGCCGGCUCAGGAGGCAAUCUAUUCGGAAAUAGUGGGACAUCAGGCACAAAUACUACUGGAUUCAGUUUUGGAAGCUUCGGUCAACCAACAUCUAAUCCUCCUAGCCAGCCGAGGGAAGACAAUCAGGGCAGUGAUGCCUCCAAACUGGUUUCUCAAGGAUUUGGGACUCCCGGCAAAACAUCCACUCCAUCAACAUCAGCCCCGUCAUUGUUCGGUUCAACCACUCCCGCAACUAGUGGUCCGAGCAAUGUCUUCAACUUCGGCAACCCUUCAACCACUCCCGCUGGUCCUCCCCCAUCAACAUCGGCCUUUGGAGCCAGUACAGGAGGUGGUGCUGGCCUAUUUGUCUCCAAGCCCACUGAAGAAACAUCCAAACCGGCGUUUAACUUUGGAACCCCGGCUGCAACACCAGCUCCAUCUACAGGAAUAUCUACAGCAUCCGGCGGCCUCUUUGGAUCCAAACCAGCCUCUGGCGGCUUUAGUUUCGGAGCCCCUUCAAAGCCAGCGGAAUCUUCCUCAACCACCUCUGCUCCAGGCGUAGCGGAAACUUCAGCCUCUGAACAGAAACAGACAUUCUCCUUUGGAGCUCCUACGUCAACUCCAUCUUCUACUACGGCAGCUUCUGCUCCGACCCAAUCAACAUCAUCUGCAGCGCCAUCAUCGCUGUUUGGUGGAGCACCCAAACAGCCCUCCAGUGGAUCAAGUCUCUUCUCCAAGCCUGCGACGACAGAAGCAACAGCGUCAGCCAGCAAGGCGACGUUUCCUUUUGGACCUCCCGCCACGCAAGCUCCCGCAUCAGCGGCACAAACCAGUUCCGGGGCGACCCAGAAGCCACUUUUUGGAGGUUUCAACUUGGGUACACCCACCACCUCUUCUUCUACGACCGCUGGCGCUACAACGACGACGACAACAGCACCGGCAGCCCCUGGGGCAAGCCCAUUCUCAUUUGGUCCUGCUACGACCGCCGCACUGCCUUCCCAACCCGCGACGACUUCGGCGAGUCCAUUCUCCUUCGGCGGUGCCACGACAACAGCGCCGACAUCGCAGUCGCCCACAACCGCCAGUACGGCGGCUCCGACAACAGGGGCGACUGCUGCACCGUUGGGUGUUCCAGGGACUUUGGGAACGCAGACGUCGACAACCGGCCCGGCUCCUCCAGCGCAGUCUCGGCUUCGUAACAAGACCAUGGAUGAAAUUCUCACCCGAUGGGCGACGGACAUGUCGCGAUAUUCCAAAGAGUUCAAGGAGCAUGCAGAGACCAUCGCCCGCUGGGAUCAGUUGAUCGUCGACAAUUCUUCCAAGAUUGACAAACUCUAUGUGAGAACGCGAACAUGCGAGAGACAAACAAUGAGCGUGGACAUGCAACUCGCGGCGGUCGAAAAUCAACAGACGGAGCUGGAAAGCUGGUUGACGAAAUAUGAGAAUGAUGUGGACGAGAUGUUGGCGAAGGACAGUGCCAGUCCCAGUGAACUGGGCGGGCCAGAUCAGGAGAGGGAACGAACAUAUAAGCUUGCCGAAAAACUUGGGGACCGACUCGAAGAAAUGGAACGUGACUUGAACAGUAUGGUGGAGGAGGUCAACGCGGCCAACGCAAGCUUAAGCAAGGAUGGCAAGGCUGAUGAACCAAUCACUCAAAUUGUCAAGAUUCUGAAUUCUCACUUGAUUCAGCUUCAGGCGAUUGACCAAGGUACCAUCGCUCUUCAAGAAAAAAUGGCUGCAGCACAGAAAUCAGCUAGUAAUUUGGGUUAUCUCACAAGCUCUAUGAAUGGGAACAGCGGUGCAGCUGUUCAGGACUUUUAUCGUAGCUACAUGGGGAGAAGAUGA